AUGGUGUGCGCCGGGGACAUCAUCGGGGAAAAGAGCGUAACUGCCCGUCGCAAUCAGGAUGUGCGGAGCCGUGUAGCGGACUCUUUCCCCACUGCCGUCCUGCAACUGGACCUCAACCUCCUUCUGGCCAGUGAAGCGGGCGGUGCCGUGGACGAGGUCGAUGCCCUCGCGGUUCCAGUUGCGCUCGUAGAUGCCAUUGAGGCGCUCGAUGACGGCGUCACGCUUGCGUUUGAAGACAGAGAAGUCGAAGGCCAGGUUUUGGGGGAUGUCGUAGCCAUAGUGGACACCAUCGCGGAGUGUUUCGGCGAUGGAGGAGAAAUUCCAGGUCAUCUUUUUGGGGACGCAGCUGGAUGGUGA